GUGUAUGGCAGCAAUAGAGAAUCUACAUGUCUCCUACGUGUACACGCGGCAGCGAAAGACAGCGCGGCUCCAUAUGGCGCGAAAAUUUCAUUUCUUCACGCCCACCCCCAAAUUCCCCAAACCCUCUGCCAUCUUGUCUUCUCGAAGAAGCCUCGAGCUCGCGGUCGGCGGCGAGAUGGUGUUCCUGCAGCGCAGCCGCCCCAUCAACCCCCACAAGCGCCCGCCGCCGCCUCCCUCCCCUCCGCCGGCCGACGCCGGGGCCGCGGCUGGGCCUGAGCCCAACCCCUCCGCCGCCGUCGACGUGGCGGCGGCGCUUCUCGCCGACGCGGGCUGCACGCUCCUCGUCCCGCCGCACCUGCCCCCGUCCCUCCCCUCGCCGCACUCCUUCGCGGCCCGCCUCGCGCGCUCGCUCGACGCGGACUCCGACCCCUCCGCCCCCGCGCGCCUCCUCGCUGGCAUCGCUGCCUUCGCUGCCGCCUCCCCCGCGCGGCUCCGCCAGCUCCUCCUCCCCACCGCCCCGCACGCGCCGAGCCUCGCGCGCGCGCUCCUCUCCGUGCCCGCGCUCCAGCCGAGCUUCCUCUCUUUCCUCCUCGAGAAGCUGCCGGAGCACUUCGACGGCGGCGCGUUCGAUGGAUUGCCGCUGCAGGACGACGUGGGGAGGCUUAUUGUCGCGCAGUUCCGGUGGAUGGAUUUCCUCGUCGAUGCCGACGCGUUCGUCGAGAAGCUCGUGGAGGUGCUGUCCGUGGCGCCGCCCAGGCUGAAGAAGGAGAUCAUCGGGUCGCUCCCGGAGAUCCUGGGCGACCAGAGCCAUGCCACCGUGGUCGCUGCGCUGGAGAAGCUUCUGCAGGAGGACUCGGAGGUUGUGGUCGCCGUACUCGACGUGUUGUCGGAUCUUAACCUCAACGAGAUGUUGCAGGAGCAGGCGGUGACAGUUGCGAUAUCGUGCAUCAGGACAAUUGCUGCAGACCAGAUGCCACAUUUGCUCAGGUUCUUACUGCUGUCAGCCACACCAGUCAAUGCUGGGAGGAUUAUAUUGCAGAUCCGUGAGCAGCUGAAGUUUGUUGGUGUUGUGGAUCCACGGGCUGCUCGGAGUAAGAAGCUGAAAAGGAAGGCAUCAGCCAAUAGCACCGAUGGGGCAAUCCUUGACACCCUGAGAUCAGGCCUACGGUUUAAGAAUAUGCUUUGUGAGGCUUUUUUGAAGGAGUUGAAAUCAGUUGACCAUCCAAGGGAUCACAAGGUGAUCGAUGUUUGGCUCAUCAUGCUCAUCUAUGGCAAUGGUGGUGCUCUACAGAAGAGUGCAGAGAAAAUAUUGAAGUCCAAGAUCUUACAAGGGUGUAUACGAGAGACACUGUUUGAUCAAUGCAUUCAUGGGAACACUGAAUUGGUAAAGGAUCAUUUCAUGUCAUACCUCUCAGUGAGUGAUUACUUGUUGACUUGCAAGGAAGAGAAAGCUAGAGAGUUUGCAACAUAUUUGUUCACAGCUUUGUUUGAAGAAUUCAGUGAUACUUAUUCCAGGCAAGAGCUUGUUGGCUCAUUGGUCACUCAUAUAGGUUCUGGGGUCAGCUAUGAAGUUUCUUCUGCUCUGGAUAUUAUGAUUUCUCUGACAUCCAACAACUCAGAGGAAUUGAUUCCUAUAUCUCCACAUAUAACUGGCAUAUUAGAUUACUUGGAAAGUUUUCAUGAAGAAAAUCUUCGGAAGGUUUAUGAUAUCUUCUGUCAUUUGGCACUGGCUGCUGGCUUCAGUACUAAUUCAGGUGGCUCUAAAGUUGCUAAUGAACUUCUAAUGGUGGUGAGGAAGCAGGUUAAUAAUCCAGAUAUGAAGUAUAGGAGAAUGGGAAUAAUUGGGGCUUUAAGGAUAGUUUCAACUAUUGCUGAUGUCAAUGCUACUGUGAACUGCUCAUCAUCUCAGCAACCAAAUUGUGAGGAGGCCUUGGAACUGCUGAACAUGGCUGUUAACUCCUGCAAAUUUGUAACACUGCCCUUAGUUUUACUCUAUGAUGAAUUAGCUGCUUUACUGGAGACCAAAGUUCUUCACUCUGCAAUUCUCGAGUGGGUUGGGAACCACGUUGCAGAAUUUGAUGCUCAUUUUCUUGCUGAUCUAGACGAUGGUCAACUAUCAGAAAAAUAUCUGUGUGAUCACUGUGAUGGCAUAGAAGGAGAAUUGUGGAUGAACUUGGAUGGAAAUAUCUCCCCAGUAUGUGUAAAUAUUAUGCCACUAAUCUCCGCCUCGCCACAAAAAUCUCAACCCUGUCUACAGAUCCUCCCCUCUCAGUUUUUACUUUUAACUAUAAUCGAACGUUUGGCAAAUGAAGGUUCACUUGGUGGAAUAAAUGCACUACUUGGCUGUCCAUUGCAUCUUCCCUCUACAAAGUACUUGGAUGGAGCUAAAUGGAGAGGCUUGUCAGGAUUGCAGAAAAAAGCAGUGUGUCAUUCGCUGUACUAUGCAAUAAACUGGAUCAGGGAGUUGGUUAAUGCAUUCAGCACACAGGUUGCAUGUAGAGUUGAUAAUGUGUCGCAAAAAGCAAGGGAUGAGACAGCAGUAAAACUUCUGAAGCGUCUGAGAAAUCUGAUAUUACUUGAGGGCUUGCUGAACGCAUUUCUAAAAAAAUAUCCUCUAUCUCUACCUGAGUUGCGAUAUCUUGGGGACUAUUCUGGAUCAACUAGCGCCAGCAAAUUCAACCUUCCAAAGAAAAUGGGAGAAGAGAGCAUGGAGGGCGCAUCUUCCAACAAAAGACAAAAGGGUCGUAAGGACAAGGCAGCCUCAGAAAAAAUGAAUCCUGAUGAUAAGCUUAAGCAACCUACAAUACUGGAUGCUUUCAAAAGAGCAGGAGUAACAGCCAGUCAAGCGACAAACAAAGGUUCUUCACAAUCAUCAUCAACUGGAAUGAUGCCAAAGGAUAUUGAACAAGAAGUUAGUGAUCCUGGUGAGCUUGGUAUUGUAGAUUUAAUGGCAGCACCAGUUCAGCUGGAUAUGCAAAGAUUCAAAUUCAGAACUCUCCAUGCAACUUGCUUGUCUUUGUUAAACUACUCAGAGUUCCAAGAUUCAGCUUGUUCUUACCUUGAAUCCGAGCUACCCAUAUAUCUCUAUCUUCUCCGUGAUCUGCACAACAAAUUAGAUCAUAUAAGUCCUUCAAGCAAGCCUUUUUUUGCUUCUCAAGCAAAAUAUACUCAUGCUCAUUGCCAUAAGAGCACACAAGAGUUUCUUGACAAAAUGCAGCCACUAUUCUCGAGUCUAAGGAAGCAUCUAGAUGGAGCAGUUUCAAUGAUCAAAGAUGGAUCAGAGAGCUGCCCAGACAAUUGGAAUUCACAUUCGUCUUCAGCAGGAAACCCAGACAUACCAUAUGUGGUGGUCUCCAGAUCAUCAAUAGCGACUUCAGUAUGUAAGGAGGUUCUUGGCUGCUACAGGAAGUUACUUGCCAUUCCAGAUCUGUUGAAUCAAUCAAACAUGUCAGUUCUGAAGCAACUCUUACAGACUUUGCAACCAACUGAAAAUUUUGAUGAUGUUCUUUCCGAGUUCCACCCACCUCUUGUCCCUAGCAAUGUUGAUUACCUAUACUGUGGAGCAUAUAAAAUGUUUGAGGCUAUUAUGGAUCCAGUCUGCUCGUUCUCAUAUCUUUUGGCUUCUGACAUGUUAAUUACUAUGCAAUCGAUUUUAAGUUCGGUUAUUGUGUUUGAAAAAUCUGGGGAAGCAAAUGGGAAGAAUAUACACAUCGGAUGUUCCAAAGAGAUAAUUCCCUUUCUACGAAAGCGUCUUGGGGCGUCAGCUCAUAAGCUGCUAACUUCUGAUCUCCCUAGUGAAGAUGCUGAAAACGGAUGGCAGAGUAAAGGUGAUCAUAUACAGAAGAUAUUACAAAUAUACCUCAAGAACAGUGAGUCAACUUCAGAUCUGCUUGAUGAACUGGCUUGCUCGGUGUUGCCUAAGGUUUCUUCGCUCAAAACAAAAAGUACCCAAGAUAUAUCUCAUGGUUUCCCGACAUUGUGUUCCUCCACUAUCCUCUCUUGGUACCGUGUGCUACAUGAGGAGAAUACUGGGAGCUUAAAUAAGACGAUCAAACAAGCCCUGAAGGCUAGAGCACUACCUGCAAGCGAAUCAAUUGAAACUAUACUGGAAGAAAUUCAAAAAUCAGUGAAGGUGUUUGUUUCUCUUAUACAUAUAUGCAAGAUUCAUGAAAAGGUUUCUAUGCACGCUGUGGCAGUUAAACAUGGGGGAAGAUUUGUAGAUACAUUUAUGAAAACCUUCAACUUCCUGGAAACACAGUUCAGGCAACAUAAGGACAUCAUAAUGCAAAUGCUAAAAGAUCUUCAGAAAGCGACAAGAGUAAUCCAAACUAUAUGUUCUGAGGCUAAGGGUUACAAGCGAACAAUGAUCACAAGCAAGAUACCUGCCGCAAAGAGAUCCAUGGAACGGAUCUUGUUCCAAGUCAAGGUGCUGCUACACAACUGCUCUACCGAGGACAGUAUCAAAAUCGGCAUUUUGAAACACAAGGACUUGCAUGGCCAUGUGGUGAGCUCUCAAGUGUAUGGCGACGUGGAUGAGGACGAUGAAGAGCAUAUGGGGACCGACUCCGACACUCCAGCUGACGAGAACGACAACACAAUGGACGAAGAUGCGCCGGAAGAGAGCAACGAGGCGCCGAUGGAGGAAUAACUGCAUAGGUACCAAUCUGUACAUGUCUCUCGAAUGCUAACCUGACCCAAAAUUACCCUGGCGCUAGGAACAUAAGGCCUCCAUCAGAAGUUUAGAUCACAAUCUCACUUGUUGCAUGGAGAUAUGAAGUGAAUGAGAAGCACAAAUGUAGUCAGAUACUCGGAUCACCAUGAGAUCUCAUUUCAGUCUCACUAAUAUAGCAAGCAUUUGUUGUCA